ACAAUAAGUAAUAUUAUUUAGAGCAUAUCACUGAACACUGAAGUAUAUAUAACAGUUUGAUAUUGAUGUUGAUGUUUAUAUAGUUUCACAGUCAAGAUAUGAUUAUUAAGAUAGUAUUGGUUGUUUGUUCACUGUUAGUUAUUGUAGAAGGUGAAACAUGUCCCUGCCAUGAUGCACCAGAUUUAUGUAAUCCUAUAAAAGACACAACCAGAAAAGAGGUAUUUGCCUUUUCUGUUAAAAAUGACACCAAUUAUUGGUUGAAAUAUAAUUUGACGAAAGUAACAACCAUUGUUGCUUGUGGAGGUUAUAAUCGUCUGUUAUUGUGCAUUGCUCACACGUUAGGUAUUAGAGUAGUAAGAUUGGUCGAUUUUCCUGUGACAACUCUCAUGAAUAAAACAGAUCAAGAAGUAUGGAUCAAUAACACAUUGGCAGAUGUGAGGACACAUUUCUGGGAUGGAAUAAACAUUGACUUCGAGAGUGCUAUAGAUGUUGUGAAAGUAGCUAAAGAGCUUACAUCUUUUGUGACAAAUAUUUAUCAAAGAUUUAAACAAGAAUUCCCCUAUUUUCAGAUAACUAUUGAUGUCCCAUAUAAACAACCAUGUGUCUAUAAUAGAUGUUUUGAGUAUGCUGCACUAUCAAAGGUUACAGAUUUCUUUGUGGUUAUGGCAUACGAUGAACAUUCAGGCAGAACAGCUGGUGCCAACUCACCUCUUGGAAAUGAAGAAAUAGGAAUCAAGAGUUAUUUGAGUAUAAAUAUACCCAAAUCUAAACUUGUGUACGCUGCACCAUGGUAUGGUUAUCGGUUUAGAUGUUCAAAAUUCUUAAAGAAUCAAUGUGUGAUAGGAGAACAAAAGCCAUUUCGAGGAAAGAGGCCAUUUGGAAGUGCAGCUGAAUCAGAGAUACCAUAUAUAGAUAUAGCUAACCUUAUUGAAACUAAACAUAUCACGGUCAACUUUGAUAACGCAACAAUGACACCAUUCUUUACCUAUCAGGAAGCUGAUAAUACAACUUACCAAAUAUGGUUUGAUGAUGCCCAGAGUUUAAAACUUAAAUAUGAUAUGGCAGUUCAGUUUGGAUUAAGAGGUGUGAGCAUGUGGACAGCCGAUUCCAUAGAUUACAACAAUACAGUCAGCGCCCUGGAGCAAAGAAGAGAAAUAUGGAGAACCAUACCAAGUUACGGGAUUGAAUAACACAGUAGAACUGAAUUAAUUGAUCAAUUGAAAUCCGGUUCAAUGCUGAAUCUAUACUAAUAUUCGUGACUUUUGUUUUUUUGUUUGUCUGUUCAGGGUUGGCGGCUACACUAGUGUUGUCUCGGGGCUGAAAUUUGGUGUAUAUGAAUAGCUCAGACCGGGGAGUAACAUAGGCCUGGUGGCGAUGGUCUACCACUUUCAAUUUUGCAUUCUCCACACAAGUCGGAAGACAACUCUGUUUGAGAGAUUGCCAAUUUCGGAGUUAUGUUACUUCCUAUGCAUGGCUAGUUAGUUAAUAAAGUUGUUCUAGAAGACUAAUCUGGAAAGUUGCUUGAACACUCUUCAGCAAAUGAUGUCUGAUUUUUGAACAUAUUAGUGGGAAUCAAAUUUCUAUGCAUGCAUCUAGGCUAUAAACCAGAUGUUAUUUAUAAUGUUUUUUUAAUUAUUAAAAACUAUAUAUACUUUGCUUCCUGCAUUCUAACCCCCUUUGAUCAAGUUAUGUAGUUCUUGUAGAAAUGAACGUCUUUAGUAAAACUGGACAGAGAAAUCGAGAAAAAUUUACUUCUUAGUUGUUAACACAAUAUGACCUCUUUAAUUGUUUUUUCAUGAAAGAUAGUAUUCUGUAAAAUUGAAAUAAAAGUUUGAAAAUUAUA